UAGUUGUUGAACCAAGUCGCCAUUUGACCUUUCUCCCCCUCCCACACUCCCCAAUCCCAUCUCUCUCCAUAAACUCAUUCUCUACGCGCAAAUAAAUAAACAAACAAUCCAAAUUCUCAAAACAACACUAAUCAAAUCAACUUCCUCAACUUCCUUCAAAUUCACGAUGAACGAUCUCUUUUCCGGUUCUUUCUCUCGCUUUCGCAGCGACAGCGCGUCGCCUGAUUACCCCCACCAAUCCGUCCAAAUGUCGGAAAUGCCGGCCACCGGCGGCGUCAAUCUCGACAAGUUCUUCGAGGACGUCGAGUCCGUCAAGGACGAGCUCAAGGAGCUCGACCGUCUCUACACCAAUCUCCAGUCCUCUCACGAACAGAGCAAGACUAUUCACAACGCGAAAGCAGUCAAAGACUUGCGCGCUCGGAUGGACGCUGACGUCAGCUCCGCCUUGAAGAAGGCGAAGUUGAUUAAGGUCCGAUUGGAGGCUCUGGAUCGGUCCAACGCCGCCAACCGUAGCCUGCCGGGGUGCGGUCCAGGAUCUUCAUCGGACCGGACGAGGACGUCAGUGGUCAACGGAUUGAGGAAGAAGUUGCAGGACUCGAUGGAGAGCUUUAAUGAAUUGAGAGAGAAGAUUUCCGGCGAGUACAGAGAGACUGUAAAGAGACGGUACUUUACGGUCACCGGAGAGAAUCCUGAUGAAAAGAUUUUGGACCGUUUGAUCUCAACAGGAGAGAGUGAAACAUUCUUGCAAAAGGCAAUUCAAGAGCAAGGCAGAGGCAGAAUUUUGGACACAAUAAAUGAAAUUCAAGAGAGGCAUGAUGCAGUAAAAGAGAUGGAAAAAAAUCUGCAGGAGCUGCACCAGGUAUUUUUAGACAUGGCUGUAUUGGUGCAGGCUCAAGGAGAACAAUUAGACGAUAUUGAGAGCCAGGUAGCAAGAGCUAAUUCGUUCGUUCGUGGUGGUACCGAGCGACUGCAGACUGCCAGAAAAUACCAGAAAAAUACCAGGAAAUGGACCUGUUAUGCCAUCAUUAUUUUGCUGGUAAUCAUCUUAUUUGUCGUGUUGUUUACUGUGAAGCCAUGGGCCAAUAAUAAUAACGGCGGCGGCAGUAACAAUGCAAGUCCUACGGCACAAGCUCCACCCCCGCCGCCGUCAACGACUUAACUCUUAGAUUGAUAUGGUCCUGAUUUUGUUAUAGAUCGAACGCAUACCAGAUUAUACCUUAUUUGCUGAGUUUUCUUUCUUUUUUUGAUUGAUUUAAUUUUUUUAGACAUUUGGGCAGUUGGGGCUAUUGAUGUUUGGUUUGGUUGAAUAUAAAUUCUUUAUUGUAUCUAUAUAUAUAUAUAAUUUUUGUUUUAGUA